AUGAACCGGACAGAACAUUCCCGAAGGCGCACCGCCGGAGAGGGGACGCAUCGCGCAUGCUCCUGGGCCGCCGGGAGCGCCAGCCGGGCUGAGGGCGUGAGGGGCGGGCGUCAGGAGCGGUGUCGGUCGGUUGGUGAGUGUUCCCAGUCCGCGGUAAAUCCUCCGUCCUGCCUCUGCUGCCCAGACCUAACAGAAGUGCGCUGUUCAUCGAGUCCCUCCGGCACCGGGGUCUGCGGCUCUGCGCUGUGGGAAGGACCGGCGGGCCGGUGUAGCCAGGGCCGGAGCCGCGCGGGCCGCCGGGACUUGGAAGUCCGCAGGGCCGUCCGACCCCGUUUCAGAGCAGUGCUUGAUUUGCAUCAAAUGCAGGUCAGCAUAUUGAAUGCCUACUGUGUGCUGAACGCCUUGCUAGGACUGGUGGGUGUAGGCAAAUUCAUGUCGCAGCCCUCGUCUGGGAUGUCAGAAGAGACAGAUAAUGUUGUAGCAGCAAAAGUUAUAGAUGAACAUCUCCAAAAAGUAAAUGAUAGUUACUCCAAACACUUUUCACUUGGUGCUAAUUUACAAAAUGUUGCUGAGAGCCAAGAUGAAGAUUUUAUGGAAAAAGUCAUUUUUACAGAUUUACUUGAAGUAAAAGCUGCUGAAUAUGAAGAUGAUCAAGAACAAAUAAAAAAACAGCAGGCAAAUAUUUUUGUGCCAAGUAGUUCUCCAGUGAACAGCCAGCAUAAACUGCCAAAAGGUAUGAUACCACGCAUUUUGGAAGAUGAAGGAUUCUAUAUUCAGAGAAAGCCAAAAAUAUAUAAAAAGACCUGCAACAAAAUGGAAAAUCGCCUGCUUAAAUUAGAAAAGGGAAAUUGUUGGUUUGAAGAAAGUGGAGAAUUAAUGUCAUUACCCACACCUAUUAAACAGUCAUGGAGUUCCUCACUAAACAUAAGCAAGGAAUUUUUAAAUCCAGCACUAAAGACCACAUACAGGAAGACUAAAGUCUCGUCAGAGGAAGGUCUUUCAUUUUUUAUUCUGAAUGGUGAAGAAGGCUCAGCUUUGGACCAGUCUUCAGAGCAGAAAGCAGCAUUCCGACUCCACAGCACUGUAAGUAGUACUACUUUCUGA